UGUUGUGAAGCUGCAUCACUCUCUCCUCCUCUCUCCUCUCGUAUGAGCGCCAUUCAGCGCGCCGCAGCCCUACAUCGCUAUUCACAGAUAGAGGGGGUAGCCCGACUCCUCUCCGCUCUCCUCCAUUCUGUCUCAGAGGUGGAUGCCAUGCCAUCGGAUUUUCUCCAUUAAUCAGCUGUUUGCGUUCACAUGACUAGCGCGCAGGGGGUAAUUUAAGGGUAGGAGAUCCCUCUUGGUGGCGACAUUACAGCAGAUGGAGUGAGCCCUCCAUCAGCCUCAUCAGUUACUGUAAGGCACAUUAAGAUUGAGCCAAUCAGUACCAUGGACCUUUAGGAGCAGUAAUGGCAGCUUGCUGUACGUCUUGCUCUGAUUGGAUAGACUUGUAGCAUGCGUUCCCUACGUAAGACUGUGCUGUUAGCUCUGGUAGCAUCAGUGGUGCUGGUUUUGGCAGUGCUACACUCCUGGCCCACGCGGAUCUACAGCACUGUGGAUGUCCGGUACAGACCGGGACCUGGAGCUGAGCGGCUGCUGGAGGAGAGACUUCCUGAACUAGAUCCCAGCACUAGCACCAUCCCUUACAGAGUGAGGGAGAGUGUGGCCAGGCUUUUGGCUCGCAACGGCUGUGUUUGUGAAGGAGACAGCAGAGGGGUCAACCUGCCCUUUGCUCAGCUGUUGUUCCCUAGAGUGUCUGCCCAUCCACUGCACACUGCCUUCCAGGCCUCUCAGCUCCAAGAGAUGAAGAAACGGCGCGCCAAAGAGUAUCAGAGCUUUCAAAUGAGAUCGCAGACCCCUGCUGAUCUGCUGAUUGUAGCUGAAGCUAACAACCCUCUGCAGUACCCAACCCAGGGUGUGGAAGUUCGGCCUCUUAAAACUAUCCUUAUACCAGGUUUGGCCUUAAAAGAGCUGCCCCAAGAUGUAUAUACUCUGAACUUUUCAGCAUCUCUGGGCACAUUUAAUGUGGCAGCAGAGGUGGAGGGGGUAAAAGUCAGGGGUGAUGGUGAGAUGCACAUGACCUUGAUCAGCAGCCUUUUGUCCAGUCUGAAUCGACAGCUUCAGUUUAUCACAUAUACUAACACGUUGUUCCACCCCAGCACAGCUGACACAGUGCAGUUAGACACAGAAGGACAUCAAGCUCUGUUUACCAUCAAGAUCCGUCAUGGAGUUACACCCAAACUCUACAACACGGGCUCUGAUGCAGAUAAAGAGUAUAACAUCAGUGCUCUUGUGACCAUAGCAACUAAAACCUUCCUGCGCUAUGACAAGCUCCAAGAUUUAAUUGACAGCAUACGGCAGUACUAUCCAACAGUUACAAUAGUGAUAGCAGAUGACAGUGAGCACCCGAAAACAGUAUCGGGCCCAUAUAUUGAACAUUACAUCAUGCCCUUCGGAAAGGGCUGGUUUGCUGGUCGUAAUCUGGCUGUGUCACAGGUCACCACCAAAUAUGUGCUAUGGGUGGAUGAUGACUUUAUUUUUACUGCCAACACAAAGCUGGAGAAACUGGUGGAUGUGCUGGAGAAAACCACACUUGACCUGGUUGGAGGAGCAGUGCGUGAAGCUACAGGCUACACUGCCACCUACAGGCAGACUAUCUCAAUUGAAGCUGGAGAAGAAGACGGGGACUGUCUGCACAUGCGGCGAGGCUUCCAUCACAUCAUCCAGGGCUUUCCUCACUGCGUUGUCACUGAUGGAGUCAUCAAUUUCUUUCUUGCCAGGACAGAUAAAGUGCAGCAGGUGGGCUUUGACCCCCGGCUAGCCCGUGUUGCGCAUUUGGAGUUUUUUAUCGAUGGACUCGGCUCCCUGCAUGUUGGGUCGUGUGAUGAUGUCAUUGUGAACCACGCCACCAAAAUCAAGCUGCCGUGGGGCCAGUCGGAAAGCGACAAAACUUACGCAAAGUUCCGCUACCCUCCUGCUUCAUCUGAUGCGACACACACCAAAAAUGGCCUCUUGUACUUCAAAAACCGCUUUCAGUGUCUAACACACAACUGAAUAAACCCUGACUAUGCCGCCUUCUCUUUCUCUCAUCCCCCCUUAAACGAACACUCUCUCCCUGAGCAGCUAAAGUGACCUGUGAAGACACUGGAAGUGUGGUGUGUAUGUACUGUACUUGGUCCCAUGUGUGUAUAGGGGAAUUCAAAUUAGCCUCUUCUUUUGGAAAGGGUCAAAAUGUGAUCACACAUGACUGACGGAUGAGAUGCACAGUGAUGGCUGGUUAAGAUUUUUUUGAUACCUGAAGAUGUCGUAUUUUUGUGUCUCCUUUCUUUAGCUUUAUUUUUGUUCACAAGAAUUCUUUAGAUAAUGAUCAAACCAUUCCGUAAAUUAUGCACAGCCAUCUUUUUCUCCUCAGCCAGUCGUGUUUCAGUAUCACAUUUAAAGGGAUAAUGAGACCAAAAAUUAAUUCUGUCAUCAUCUACUCACGUGGAUGUUGUUUUAAAUGCAUAAAGGAGACUUUCAAGCUCCUUAAUGACAUGGAAGUAAGUCAAUUUGGACAGACAUUUUUGAGUGAACUACUCCUAUAAUUGAUGAGAAAACAGAAGAGGUUUCUUUUGAAACUGAGAGAAGACAGUGGAGGUCAACAUUUUGAACCAUGACUUUUAGAAGUUUUAAAAUUCCAGUUAAAGGGAGACCAUUUCUUUGGGACAUUGACAUGUAAUGUCACAUCAGCUCCCUGUCUGGCGUUAAUCAUGUGUUCUUAUGUGUGUCUUUAUGAGGGUCAUCUCUCUGUACGUUUGCACUAAAACAAAUGGACUUCAAUUGGAGAGAUUCGACCCUCAGUGUCACUAAAAAGAAGGAAUGGACUAAACAUCAUUAGCAAGCUAAAACCACAGACAAUCCAACCUAUCACUUUCAUUCUUUUGCUCUCGCUCUCACAUACACACUCUGACAGAUUUCUCAGCAAAAGGGAUAUAUUGUACAGUAAAAUUUGAAUUUGAUAUUUUUUUUGUUUGUUUGUUUUAAAGAGGGACUGUGCCGUCAUUGUAUGACUUGUUUAUUGUUUGUACUCUGUAUUUCCUUUAUUCUGGGGUCUUUUUAAGAUUGUAUCUUAUUGCACUGAAGCAUGAAGAUAGCAGCCAGAUGUGAAGUCCAAUGGCACCUUUUAUAAAUUUAGUUAGCAACCACAUCAUAAGCAUAUAUUCCAAAGGCGCUUACUGUAAGGGUUUUAUUAAUUUAAUUAUUUAUUUGUUUAUUUGAGCUGGAUUUAAUCCAAAGCCAGAUUUGUGGGGGAAAAGGUCAAGUCAGUGGCUUUUGCUAUGCAGAAUGGCUGAGACAACUAACUUUACUAAAAUAAAAAAGCAGCAUUAAUACACUUUUCAGAGUAAAUGCCACAGAUGUGCAAAUAACAAAAAAAUAUGAAAUAAAAUGGUUAUUCAAAUGUUUGGCUAUAUCUACAGCAGCAGUCAAAAACAUGGACACACCUACUGAUUCUUUAUUCAUUGUUCUUCUUAUUUUCCAUAUAAAUUUUGUGAUGAAAAUGUCGAACCUAAACAAAAAAUCUAAAUUACAUGUUAUACUUUAGCUUUCUUAAAGUAGCCAAACUCUGCUCAAUAAUCCAUUUUUAAAAAACUAGGUUUUUAAAAGACAUGCAUAAACAGACACUAUGUUUCUCAACAAAAAUUUAAUAAUGAUAAAUGUGUCCAAACCUUGAUUUUUAACUCUACAUUUGAUAGAAAUAAAUAAUAGUUAAACAAAUUACCUGUAUGCAGCCACUUUCUGUAGAGUAAAAACAUGUAAGGAGGUGAUGUAAUUGCUGUCUAAUUCAAUGUAUAACAUCCUUGUGCAUAAUUUUAAUUACGUUUGUUUGCAUAUUGUUUGUUUUAUGUGUGUGUGGGAGAGAAAUAAGUGUUUUUUAAAAUACAUCAAGUGGGCUUUACAUUGUCGCUCAUGAACAGUAUGAAGCCCUAAUGACUGUUUGCUGCAUUACAUUGAACCACAGAUUCUUCAAAUAAUGUUCAACAUUAUGGCCUUGUCAAAGAUUAUGCCUAUGUGUGUGAAUGUGUGAUAGGUUUCCCCUUCCUUUCUGUUACAUCCUGUCUUAAAACGGUGCCAUACAGGAGUAAAUAAGUGCAUGACUGUCCAGAAAGCCUUAACAGAGAUUAAGGAAGUGAAAAAACAUAGUGUAAAAAAGAGAGGUACAUAAUGGAUUUUACAUAAUACAUAAUUCAGUACAUAAUGGAUUUUAAUGAGUGCACUGGUUGAAUAUAACAAGCAAUGGUGUAAAAUGGAAUUGAAAACUAACUCUUGUUCACUUACUUUGUAUCUUGAAUACCAUGUGAUGCUACUCAAAACAGAAAAACGGUAUAAAAUCCUUUUAAAUUGUUUUUUUAUCGCUCUCUACCAGUCAUUGAGCUUGUUUCAGUCCUGAAAAAGACAAGUGAAGGCUGUAGUCCUGUAAUACUAAGUAUAGAGCUGCUAUGAUUCUGUUUGAAGAAUGCUUCCAUUUAUCUGCCCUGCAUAUUCAGGUGUAAGCAUGCAGUGCAAGGUCAUAAAGGAGCAUGUAAAAGUAUUGGUGUAAGGCUACUUGAUUCUUAAGGUUAGUUUCAGAUGAGCUUAAGAUGAUAGGAGCUUGAACAGAUAUGGGAAGCUGAAUAUCUAAUUUUCUGGCUGUGUAUUAAAUAGCCAGUUUGAAUUUUUGAUGACAUUUAAAGAGUGUUUCUCAAAAACCUCCCUGCUUCCUCCUCACUUCACUGCAACGAUCAUGAUUCUGUCUCCUCAUCUCUGGGUUUCUCACUGUGUCUGCAUGACUUCUAAUUUCUGUUGGUGUUUUGUAUCUCUACCAGUGGGUAGCUAAUUUUCUGUCCCCCCAAAAGUAUGGCUGCCUAUUGAUCAUUUUUUAAAAGAACAAAACGUAGUUUGCAAAUGUCCCUUAAAUAUAAAGGGGGAAAAGGGGAAAACUUUUUUUUCCUUUUUUGUAAAUGUAAGAAAAAAAAAAGCAUUUGUUGUCGAAUGGAAUGAGAUAAAGGCUUUGGUGAUAACA